AAAGGGCUCGUGCAAGGUAGUUCAGUAUGAUUUCGCAAAAUGAAGUCGUUCACAGCAGUUUCAGUCGUCUGCUUGGCUAUCUGCGCCUUGGCCAAUCCGGUCACGCAACAAAAAUUUGCCGACAAGGACUUCUUGGAGAAGCAAAAGUUUGUGUUGGAAGUCCUCCAGCAUGUGUACCAAGACGAUGUGUUUGUGACCAAAUUCGAUGAGACCUACACCACGUACAAGCCUUGGGAACAUUUAGACGAUUACAAUAAUGUCGAUAAGCUGACGGAAUUUUUUGAAUUGUGGCAACACAAGCCGCUGUGUGAUGAAGUGGUGUUCUCCCCCGUCUAUUCCACCCAUGUUGAGUACGCAUUGGGUCUGGGACGAUUGUUUUAUUUCGCCAAGAAUUGGGAAGCCUUCACUCAUGCUGUAUACUGGGCUCGCGUUCAUGUGAACAAACAACUAUUUGUGUACGCCCUUAACCUGGCCACUGUUCUGCGCGACGACUUACACGGCGUCACUACUCCUGCCGUCUACGAGGUUCUUCCAUGGCAUUUCUUUGAUGUGGAAACUGUGACAAAGGCUGAACAUUAUGCCCUCCACGGAUUCCACAAUGUCAAGCAGUUGGACAAUGUUUUCAAUGUUGUUGUCAAGUCUAACUACAGCAAUGUGUACGACAACGUUAACUACGACCACACCUUGGCGUACUUCACGGAGGAUGUUGGACUAAACGCUUUCUACUACUACUAUAAUCUGCAUUAUCCCUACUGGACCAAGGGCCCCGAAACUCAUGAAUUCAGCAAGGAUCGUGUGGGUGAAUUGUAUUUGUUCUUGCACAGACAACUGUUGGCUCGUUACUAUUUGGAACGUUUGUCCAAUGAUUUGGGAGAAGUGCCUCAACUCAAUGUACACCAAAACUAUGGUCCCGGCUAUUACAGCAACCUAGCCUACUACAAAGGAGUUAGCUUCCCCGACCGUCAUAACGACUAUAAUUUUUAUAACAAAGAGAACUACGACCUGGUAAAGGAGCUCGAAUUUUACUUAAAACGCGUAGCUGACUUUGUGGACACUACCACCGAUGAGUUCCAUACUGCUGUCGAGAAGCUUGGAAACACCUUGCAGGGUAAUGCUUAUAGCCUGGACAAGAAGAACUAUGGCAGUCUCGAUAAUCUUCUCCGUGAAGUUGUGAACGAAGGACGUUACUAUGGCAAAUUCGGUGAUGUGCUACCCGGUACCUUGUCUCAGUACGAAACCUCUUUGCGUGAUCCCUUGUUCUAUUCCUUAUAUAAGGAGCUCCUUAGUUAUUAUUGGCGUUUGGCUGGUAACUAUCCAGAGUACAAGAAGGAGGAUUUGGAAUUCACCGGUGUAACCCUUGACAAUGUCCAACUGCCUGAAAAAUUGACAACCUUCUUUGAGUAUUUCGAUUCUGAUGUUAGCAAUGUUGUCAACGUUGAAACCACAAAAGUGGAAGGUUCUAAUGACGCUCUCUUCAAAUUCGGUCGCAAUUCCGUCCACAAUGGCCAAAGUUUCGUUGUUAAGGCCCGCCAGAAGCGCGUUAAUCACCAGCCGUUCGAAUUCACUUUGGAUGUCACCUCGGACAAGGCACAGAAAGCAGUUGUCAAAGUAUUCCUUGGACCCAAAUACGAUGAAAAUGGCCGUCUGUUGAAAUUGGAGGAUAACUACCAAAACUUCUUUGAAUUGGACCACUAUGUUGUUGACUUGGUUGCUGGUGUGAACCAUUUGAAACGCAGUUCGGAAGAAUUUGCCUGCUCGACAAACGAUCAAACCACAUACUUUGAACUCUACAAGAAACUUUUUGAUGCUACAAAUUCUGAUUAUCAAUUCCCUCUUACAUCUGGUCAAUGUGGUUAUCCACGCCGCUUACUUUUACCCUUGGGUAAAAAGGGUGGUCUAACGUUCCAAUUGUUCUUUGCCGUGUAUCCCUACCACGCUCCUGAAGUAGCUCAGUACUCCACAUACGAUCCCACUGUAAGCUGUGGCGUUGGUUCCGGCAGUCGCUAUGUUGAUGCUUUGCCUCUUGGUUAUCCUUUGGAUCGUCCUGUCGGCCAUGAUUAUUACUUCCAGGUUGGCAAUUUCAAAUUUUACGAUGUCACCGUUUACCACAAAGACGAUACUACCAAUGUGGUCUAA